AUUGCGUGACGACAGGCAAAGUGACGUCAGACGCACGCAUAGCAACCAUCAUGGCGGCGGGGAAGCUUCGUUGUAGCGAGGGCUGAAAGAUGAUAUUAUGAAAUCAGUAAAUAACACUGAAAUGUUUAUUUAAUUAGCAUAAUUGUUACCGUCACUGCAACACCUCAGGUCUUUAUAAAUGUUGAAGAUGUUGAUUUAUUGUAAAACACGAGCGCUCUGAGAAUGGGACUCUCUUUUAAGUUUCUCACCAUGGAUACAAAACCAGGCUUUUGUUAUGGCUCAUCUGGUAAACUAAUGAAUCAAUACAUGAUUAAAGAUCAUAUGCUGUCGCAUUAUAAAAAGUUGUAUUCAGCGAAAGCUGCGGUUGACUGCUCUGUACCUAAAAGCAUGCAGUGUAAUGUCAAAUAUGUUGAUCAAAAACGGCGUGAGAAGUUAAAAAAAGGCACACUGAGUCAAUCUGGAAGAUCAGAUUCACAGAGGAGCACCAGGAUAAACUCAAGAGCCUCCUGUUCUUCUAAGAAUAGUCAACCCUCCGUUCAAGAUGAUGCCUAUCAUUACCUGGACCAUUCAGUGAUGUCAUCACCUGGAAUCAGCACCUCAUUUCAUUACAAGCAAAGUGUGCAUCCGUCUCAAACCGCUUAUACAUCUGGCAGCCCUGCUGAUCAUUUCCGAUCUUCCUCAGAGUUACAGGGAUACAGAAGUCCAAACCCCUCAUGGCAACAGACGGGGCAUUUAUCAUCAGUCAGUCAGAGAGGAUACAAAAGCUUUCAGGAUCCAACACAGAAGACUUACAGCGGUGAUGUGCUGUUGAAACACUCUCAUCGCUUCACGCAGGAGAAACCCUUCACACCAAGAACCCUGAAGUCAGAUCACAAGUCCACACUUUUACAAUAUCGCUAUUACACACCACCACGGAGAAAAGAUAAAGAUGAGAGAUCUUCCUCGUUCCAGAUGACUCAACAGGAGAUGUACCACAGGAGCACACAGUCCAAGCAAGGAUUUUCUCCACAAUCACCACAGACAUUUAGUGUUGAUCACGAGUGGUCAGAUGAAGAAUCAGGUUCAAUAAGACUUCACAGGACAGCAGAUUUUCCUCAAUCGUCCUCCAGGGUUUCACCAGAAGGCAUGAGGUCUCCUAUAAUGAGAAAAGUUACAGCAGAGGAAGAAGAAUUAAUGUACUUGGAGUUCAUUACAGACGUCACUAAUGAGAUCUUAGCACAGGGUCUUUACUCUGACAGGGUCCUGAAGAGACUAUUUGAACGUCACAUUGAUAUGAACAAACAUCGACUAGAUGAGAAUAAAAUGCGCCACCUUCUGGACAACCUGCAUAAUGAUCUGCAAAACCCCCCUGAUGCCUCAAUCUCAUUCCUGAGCGUUGAUGAAUCUGAUGAUCCUUUAAAACUGAAGGAUAAAUCUUCAAACUUUAGACAAGAUCUGUCAUCAUUGAUCGAUGCUGAUUUUAAUGCUCAUACAGUGUUUGAUAAGACCAGACGUCAGAGAGAGAACAUCACACCUUCCCUGACGUCCACACCAGUAAACAACAGCCUGCUGAGAAGCUCCAGUCGACUUCUUUUGGAAGAAGUUGAAAACGAGACGCUUAACCAUAACACAGGCUGUGAAAUCUCUCUGAAUGAUAAUGAACAUCUCACUUGUCCUGAAGAACAUCUCAGCAAUGCUGCAGAUGAUAAUGAUCUCUUGGAACAGGUAGAUAAACUUGGAAAAAACAUGACAGAGUUGUUAAAUGUGUCAGAGACUCAGAGGAAUCAGUCUGAGGAGGAGCAGAUAACAGAGAGAAACAGUGAUGAUGAGUUUUAACUCUUUCAGUGUUCAGUGAUUCUUUUAGGUUUUUUUGUACUGUUAACAAAAUAUUUAACUUUCUAGAACUUUAUUUUCAUAAAGAUUUGUUUUAGUAUUCUGUUAUCUGCUGUAUUAUGGUUAAGUUAUUAUACAAGGCAUUAUUACAUUUCUGAAGUUUGCUGCUCUUAAUUUGGGCAUUUUUUGGUUUUGUAGAGGUUAUGAUUCAAAUGUCAUGCAUUGAUUAUUUUAAAGGUUUUUGUUUUAUUAUGUGAAUUUUCUUUUUAGGUUUUAGUUAGUAAAGCACAUGACAAAGAUUGUUGCAGUAUUAAUAUAGUCAUAUAGCAGAGGAUUAACAAAGAAAUUUUAACAUUAAUAUUUACUUUUGCACCUUCUGCUUUAUUACCCACUAAGUAUUGUAAAAGAAGAAUUUACCUUUCUGAUAUGUAUUUUCUUUAUUAUUUUAUGUAUUUUAUUAAACUAUUAGGAUCUCUUUCAAAACCGUUUAACUGUACUUGAGAGGUCAUUCAAAUGCUGAUUUAACACUAACUACUAAAAUAUAAAAGGAGC